UUGUGCUGCUUGCGGUGACGAGACGGUUUAGUUUCCUGAGGCAGCGCAGGAAGACGCUGGAGGUGGUAACUAUUUAUCUUCCGACGAGAAAACUAAAAAACAAUUAGCUAAAAUAAGUUAUAUUUCGACUACUUUCUCAGCUUUCUAUCGUUGUCGCCAACAAUCGAUUUGGGAAAGAGUAUUGCAUCAUAUAAUAUACUGAGCUCACUGUUGGGGCUCUUUUUCGCUUGCGCGUUGGUAGUGGCGGCUUCGCCCGUUGUCCGUCCUCCAACUAAGUAAUAUCUACCGCGCGGGAAGAAAAUCUUCGAGACCCGGCGAUAUCAGCGAGUCUCUUGUCACCUCUUUGCGCGACACGAGCUGCCCCCGUUUCUCUCCUCGACUCUUCUCAGGUGGCGGAGCUUCUGCAACGACGACAGACCAUCUAGCAGAGUCGCUGCUCCGUUCAACCAGCCAUGGCUCGCAAGGCAAUCCAGAAGGACCAGAUCGUCAAGCUAAUCGUGGGCGCUGGCCAGGCCAGCCCCAGUCCUCCAGUCGGUCCUGCACUGGGUAGUAAAGGUGUGAAGAGUAUGGACUUUUGCAAGGAGUUCAACGCCCGCACCGCACACAUCAACACCGGAGUGCCGAUUCCCGCACGAGUCACUGUCCGUCCGGACCGGUCCUUCAUCUUCGACCUACGCACUCCCAAUACAUCGUGGCUGCUCCUGCAGGCGGCAGGCGUUGAGCACCGGAAGAACCGGCUGCGCGGAGCGGAGAACCCGGGGAAGGAUGUCAUCGGCCAGGUAUCCUUGAAACACGUCUACGAGAUCGCCAAGAUCAAGCAUUCUGAGCUCCGGCUCUCCGGGUUGAGCCUGCAGGGGUUGUGUAAGAGUGUUAUCGCGCAGGCACGGUCGAUUGGCAUCGAGGUGGUGCCGUGAAGAGAGAGGAUCAACGUGUCUCUUGUUUUGUCCCAGCUAUCUACCGUGUCAUCCUCAUUGCAUUGGCGUUUCUUGGGAAGGGGGAAAUCUGAAAUAUGUACGGAAUUUCCGAUGGUACAUGUACUAUAUAUGAUUGUGUGCACUGGCGAGAUACCGUG